CAGUUAUUAUAUCUAAAGGGUUUUUGGUCUUUCAUUACAUUCGAUAAAGAACUAAAUAUUGUACAUUUCUGUUUAUGCUUUCAAUGUAAAAUUAGCUUUGAAUAGAUAAAAUAAUUCUUUUAUUCCAGAAUGGCAGAAAGGAGCAAUUUUCAAUCGUUAAAAGACGGUUCUGAGGCAGAUUAUGAAGUCACGUGUACAUCUUGCAGCAAAGACAAUAUUAGAGAAGAGGCUGACAAGUUUUGUCCUGAGUGUCAAGAAUAUUUGUGUAAAACAUGUACAAGAUACCAUAGCCGACUUAAUGCUACACAGCAACAUAAACUGCUGGAUAAAAACGAUGCCAAUCGAGGUUUACAUACUGCUAGGACUAAAUGUCAAUACCAUACUGACCGAGACAUAGAAAUGUACUGCAAAACGCAUGAUAUGGUUUAUUGUACGUUAUGCAUUGCAACAGAACAUAGGUCUUGUGAUGGAGUGAACAAGAUUGAAGAUGUGUCCAAACAAUGCGUAACCCAAAUGGAGAUUCAAGCCCUAUCAGAUGAGAUAAAGAAUGCACAUGACACUGUGGAAUCCCUGACAGUAAAACAGAAUUUAGCUGAAAUAGACAAAAAGAAAGAAGCUAUUGAAGAAACACUAAAUGAUACAGAGACAGAACUUAUAGAACAUAUUAGAAAAUUAAAAAGAGAGGCGGCAAAAUGUUUAAAUGAUAAAUAUUCUACAUUGAAGGAGGAACUCGUGUCUGCUAUAGGUGUAUCAGUUCGAACAGCUGAAGGCUUGAAGCAAACUACGGAACAACUGCAAAUGAUUGACAGUCUGAACUUAGAGCUGCAAUUUGUGAGGAUGAAGUUGAUGAAGAAGACUGUCGAAGAUGCACAAAUUUUUAAUGCAGACAAUGCGGAAGAAGAUAUAAAAUUUGUUGAUUUUAUGUUAAAUAGGGAUUUAACAGACAACUUCACAAAAGUAAAGUCAUUAGGUGAUGUAACAGCAGGAAUUGUCGGUAAACAGUACACACUAAAGUCAAUUAAAACUAUCUAUGUGAAGCUGGAAAAUGACAAACAAGAAUGUUACAUAUCUGAUAUCUGCAGACUUCCUGAUAGUACGAUCCUUCUGGCUGAUUAUAACAAUUAUAAAGUGAAAAAACUCAACAAUGAUGAUAGUGUUGAAAACGUCCAUGUUUUUGACUCUUACCCUACAGGUAUAUGUUGUGUUAUUAACAGUGAAGUGGCUGUGAAAUUAUUUAACAAUAGAAUACAACUCUUUACCGUUGGCUCACCUCUGUCCAAAGGAAGGACUAUAAAUAUUAAAAAUGGUUAUCAGUUUGGAUUAACAAUGUUUUGUGGUGAUCUAUGGUCAUCAAUCUCAAAUGGUAUUAACGUAUACAGUACUUCAUCUAAUCGUGUAUUUUCUAUCGUCGAAAAUCAAUACGGAAAGUCUAAAUUAAAAUCCUCUAUUCAGCAGAUGACUUCCACUCCCGAAACAGUGAUCGUGACAGAUAGCUCUGAUGGAGCUGUUUGCCUCAACAAAGAUGGUACGGUUAUGAGAGAGCUAAGAGAUAGUAGAUUGAAGAAUACCGAAGGUGUAUGUGUAGCUGAUGAUGGAACGGUAUUUCUAUGUGGAUAUCAGUCACACAACAUCGUUAUGUUCAACAAGGAUGGUAAUUGUCUUGGAGAACUGCUCGGGAAAGAUUCUGGCUUGUUAUCACCAACAAGUAUGAGCUUCGAUGGGACAAAAAAUAGGUUAAUUGUUGGAUGUUACAUCAAUAACUCCUUAUUUGUAAUUGAUUUGCUUGUUAGAUAAAUCACAAGACUUCUAAAUGGUAAAUUCCGUAGAAGAAAUUUCUGCUGGAUUGAGAUGUUUUUCAGUUUUUAAGGAAUAAAUCUUCUGAAUUGAUUGACUAUAGAUGCAAAAAAGUAUUAAUCCUGUAUAGUACUUUGUUUAUAUGGAUUUUCUAAAACAAAUGAAUAACGCAUGUCAUAAAAUCAAUUUCUAAAUAAUUUAAAAUGCUUUUUACAUACAAUUUUUUAAAAUUCUUUUGAUGCGCAUGCAUUAGUACUAAACGCUGUUUAAACAAAUAGAAAAUAUACUUCUAAAAAAGUGUUUAAACCUUUGUAAAAUAUUCUUUGUAACACUACAAUGUUAUUCAUAGAAUGCUUGUCAAUUAUAUAUAAUAUGAUAGAAAGCUUGUUUAAAUUAUGUGGUCUGUUUCAAUUAAAUUAAAAAAUUAGAACUCUGUAAUGGAUAGAUGCAUUAUAUUUAAAGGUGAGGGAAAACGAACAUUUAUUUUUCUUAAACGUUUUUGGCUUUAAAUUAACAUGUAUCAAAUUUCACAAGUGCAUAUGCUGAUUGAUUUUUUUGAUGAAUGUAAGGAAAUUUUAGAUGUUAAAAUAGAUGGUUAAGUUAAUAUGUUCAGAAUGUCGGAACAUUACUGUAGAGAGGGAUUUUUCAUAUCAUUAAUACUAGUAGUCACGAAAGGAAAACAUUAAUUUUGUAUACAUUUUGUAAAAUUCACAAAUGUAACUUACAUGCUAUAGACUUAGUUGCCAUUUUCUAAAUUCCAAGAAAAAUAUUUUUACCUACUCGUAAGUAUCCAACAAGAAUAACAAUUUUUGUAAUGAUUGAAACCAUACCAUUUUCCCAUGAAAAGAAUGCCAAUUAAGGUAUGAAAUAUCAUAAGUAAAAAGUGUUCAUGCCUAUGAAUUAUGAAGUACUGAUUAUAUGUUAUCUGAAUCGUAUGACUAUAUGUUGAAUAAAAUGUAUGU